CCAGGCGUCAUGGCCACAGAUGACCCACCAAAGGGCCGCCAAGGAAGAGGAGGCUCCGAGGACGAGGAGGCCACAAAGGUCCUGAUUCUGGAGAAGGACUGGCAACCCUUCCCCAAAACCCGGAAGAAGGUCAGAGGUUGCCUGGCGUGCGUCAAGCGGCUGCUCUUCCGCGUUGGGGACGACUGGUACUUCCUCUUCGCCCUGGGUGUCCUCAUGGCCCUGGUCAGCUUCGCCAUGGACUUCACGGUGGCCAAAGUGGCCAAUGCUCACGCUUGGCUCUACCAAGAGGUGGGUCACUCUCCGUUCCUGAAGUACCUCUCCUGGACCAUGUACCCCGUCGCCCUCUCGGCCUUCUCCACGGGCUUCGCCCAGAGCAUCACCCCUCACUCCGGAGGCUCCGGCAUCCCUGAGCUGAAGACCAUCCUCUCUGGGGUGAUGCUGGAAGAGUACCUGGCCAUCGAGAACUUUGGCGCCAAGGUGGUGGGACUCACCUGCACCCUGGCCUGCGGGAGCACCAUCUUCCUCGGGAAAGUCGGCCCCUUUGUCCACCUCUCCAGCAUGCUGGCUGCUUACCUCGGGAAGGCCCGGACCAGCGUCUCCGGAGAAUAUGAGGAUAAGAGCAAACAGAAUGAGAUGCUGGUGGCAGGGGCAGCUGUUGGCGUGGCAACCGUCUUUGGGGCGCCCAUCAGUGGAGUCCUCUUCAGCAUCGAGGUGGUUUCCUCCCACUUUGCCGUCCGUGACUACUGGAGGGGCUUCUUCUCAGCCACCUGUGGGGCCUUCAUGUUCCGGCUGCUGGCCGUCUUCAACAGCGAACAGGAGACCAUCAUGGCUAUCUUCAAGACCAAUUUCAAGAUCGACUUGCCCUUCGAUUUGCCCGAGACCUUCUUCUUCAUGUUCCUAGGGGCCGUCUGUGGGGUGGUCAGCUGCGCCUACCUCUUCUGCCAGCGCUGGCUCCUGGGCUACGUCCGGAGGAACAGGUUCACGGCCGCCCUCCUCGCGACAGAGAAGCCCCUUUACUCCGCGCUGGUGGCCCUUCUGCUCGCUUCCAUCACCUGCCCUCUCAGCUUGGGGCAGUUCAUGGCCUCCAGGCUGAACAUGAAGGAGCUCCUCACCUCCCUCCUGGACAACCACACCUGGGUCGUCCUUUCCCAGAAUGCAUCUCUGGCCAGGCCACUCCACGUUGACCCUUCCCAGCUGUGGCUUGAGUGGUGGGACCCCAACAUCACCAUCUUUGGCACUUUGGUGGUCUUCCUCGUGAUGAAGUUCUGGAUGCUGACCCUGGCCACCACCAUGCCCAUGCCCGCUGGGUAUUUCAUGCCUGUCUUCAUUUACGGAGCUGCCAUUGGGCGCCUGGUGGGGGAAGUGGUUGCCGUCCUCUUUCCACAAGGGAUCGUCUCUGAAGGGCUGGUCAGCCCUGUUACGCCCGGGGCCUAUGCCUUGGCAGGGGCAGCGGCCUUCUCCGGGGCGGUCACCCACUCGCUCUCCACGGCUCUGCUGGCCUUUGAGAUGACCGGGCAGAUCUCCCACAUCCUGCCAGUCAUCCUGGCUGUCCUGGUGGCCAACGCCAUCGCCCAGAAGUUCCAGCCCUCCUUCUACGACGGCACCAUCAUCGUCAAGAAGCUCCCCUACCUGCCCCGCAUCCGCAGCCGCCACAUCGGCUCCUACAAGGUCAUCACGCAGGAGUUCAUGAAGGUGGACAUUGUCACUCUGCCCAAGGACGCCACCUUCCAGGAGGUCCUCAAAGUGGUCACCUCGACUGACGACCCCGAGUAUCCAGUGGUCGACGGCGCUGAGACCUCGAUGCUCCUGGGGGUCGUCCAGAGAUCCGAACUCAUCCACUUCCUCCAGACCCACGAUGAAGCUGCCGAGCCCCUCAAGGAAGAGGCGCCAUCUUGCCAGACGCUAGGCGAGGGAUGCUCCUUCAGCCCAGUGACCCUGCAGCUCUCUCCUUGGACGUCUCUCCACCAGGCUCACAACCUCUUUGAGAUGCUCAGCCUCCAGUGGGCCUUCGUCACCCAACUGGGGAAAGUGGUGGGAGUGGUCUCCAGGAAGGAGCUCAGGAAAGCCAUCGAAGACCUGGCCAAUCCGAAGCCCACGAAGUAGGGAAAGAGUUCAAUGGAUGGAUGGAUGGAUGAAUGGAUGGACUGGCGAAGGAGGCCUCCUCGUGGAUGCCGGAGAGCAGUGCCAAGCCCAGCGUAGCAAGAAGGACAGGGAGCGCCGCUUCAGCUUGGUCCUUGCUCCAUUUCCCAGCCCGAAGCAAAGAGCCAGGCGCCCUUUUUACAUAACCGUGUAUUGUUGUGCAAUUAUUUACUAAACGACAACCCCAAAACACCUUGUUUCCUCUGUUUACUUUGCAAAGUUGAGACAACGCAGUUGGGAGGAGAGAAAGUGGCAAUUUUCUUCUGACAGCAAGGAUACAUUAUCAGACAACGUUUACCUUUUAUUUACAAAUAUACACAUGAAGGGA